AUGAGAGCUGCUCAAGUCCUUGUCCUUGCUACACUAUGUGCGAAAGCCUACUCCUACGAUACUCAGAACGUAAUGGGAAUGGACUCUACCCAUGAAGUGCUAAACUCGCUUGAUCAUUUUGGGACCUCGUAUCAAUGCGACAAUGUAAAUAACUACGGAAAAGCUUAUCAUGAAAUACUAGGAUCUAAGCCUUCCCUUAGUUGUGUCGAGCCUUCAGCACAGCCGGAGUGCUCUUGUACUUGUACCAAUGGCAUCAUCUUCAAUCAGCCACUGUCUGCAAGUCCUACUGCCAGUUCCACUCCAGAUACCUGCGAGGCAGACAAAGAUGAAUGGGACAAACGCGAGGCAGAGCUAUUGGCCGACCUGGCCAACUACCAGAAAACUAGUGCCCAAAAAGAGCAGGAGUGGUUGGAAAAACAAAAGGAUCUCACAAAUAAGCUUACGCACGCCCAGCGAAAAACAGCCACAUGGGUCGGAUGUGCCGUAGAUUCUGUUUCGUCGCGUGUACUGUCUGAAGCGACCAAAGAUUCUGCGCACAUGACACACUCUAUGUGUCAAGAACACUGUAAAGCAUAUCCAUACUAUGGUGUUGAGGGUGGAAGGCGGUGCUUUUGCGGCAAAAUGUUAAAGGACGAGACCCGUCUGGUUUACAGAGCGGAAUGCAGCUCGGCACGAUGUGCUGGCGAUUCAAAAGUAGUCUGUGGAGGAAACUUGAGAACAAGCAUAUUUGUGAUGAGGUAG